CAUCUGGAGUAACAUGGUCUGUUCUCUUGUAGAUCCAAGACAUCAGGGUGGAUGAAGAAGAGACCAAAGAGACAAGAUCAGCUAAGGAUGCCCUGCUACUGUGGUGCCAGAUGAAGACUGCAGGGUACAACAACGUGAACAUCACCAACUUUACCAGAAGCUGGAGUGACGGGCUGGCCUUCAAUGCCCUCAUACACAAGCACAGACCUGACCUGAUUGACUAUGACAAGCUGCAGAAGUCCAAUGCGAUGCACAACCUGAACAACGCUUUCAACACCGCAGAACGUAACCUGGGCCUGGCCAAACUUCUAGACCCAGAAGAUGUGAAUGUAGAGUACCCAGACGAGAAGUCCAUAAUCACCUACGUAGUGACGUACUAUCACUACUUCUCCCAGAUGAAGGACCAACAAGUCAAGGGAAAGAGGAUCGGCAAGAUGGUCCAAAGUGCCAUUGACAAUGAGAACAUGAUCCAAGACUACGAGACCAUGGCAUCGGACCUGCUGAAGUGGAUUGAGCAGACCAUCGUGAUCCUGAACGACCGCACGUUUGCCAACUCCCUGCAAGGUGUGCAACAGCAGCUGCUGGCCUUCAACACCUACAGGACAGUCGAGAAGCCUCCAAAGUUUAUGGAAAAGGGAAACCUGGAGGUGCUGUUGUUCACCCUGCAAAGUAAGAUGAGAGCCAACAACCAGAAGCCCUACACGCCCAAGGAGGGCAAACUGGUCUCAGACAUCAACAAGGCCUGGGAGCGGUUGGAGCGUUCGGAACACGAACGUGAGAUCGCCCUGCGCGAGGAGUUGAUGCGGCAGGAGAAAUUGGAGCAGCUCGCUCGCAGGUUUGACCGAAAGGCCGCUAUGCGGGAGACCUGGCUUAGCGAGAACCAAAGACUCGUGUCCCAGAUGCCAGUGACUUCCUCAGAGGGGUCUCGAGUCAAUCUAGAGGAUAACUUUGGUUUUGACUUGCCGGCGGUGGAGGCAGCAACCAAGAAGCACGAGGCCAUCGAGACGGACAUCAACGCUUACGAGGAGAGAGUGCAGGCCGUGAUGCACGUCGCUGAGGAACUGGAGACUGAGAACUAUCACGACAUUGAGAGGAUUAACGCCAGGAAGGACAACAUCCUGCGGCUGUGGGCGUACCUGUUGGAGCUGCUGAAGGCUCGGCGCGGCCGGCUGGAAGCCUCGCUCAGUCUGCAGAGGAUCUUCCAGGAGAUGCUCUACAUCAUGGACUGGAUGGACGAGAUGAAGGUGCGUCUUACGUCUGAGGACUACGGGAAGCACCUGAUGGGUGUGGAGGACCUGCUGCAGAAGCACCAGCUCAUGGAGGCCGACAUCGCCGUCCAGGCCGACAGGGUCAAGGCCGUCAACGACUCAGCCGCACCGUUCGCACGCCAGGACGAUGAUGAGUACAAGCCAGCCGACCCUCAGAUCGUGGGUGAGCGGAUGUCCCACCUGGAGGCCUCGUACCAGGAGCUGGUGGCGCUGGCCGCCGAGCGUCGCGGCCGUCUGGAGGAGUCCCGUAAGCUGUGGCAGUUCUUCUGGGACAUGGCGGAGGAGGAGGGCUGGAUCAAGGAGAAGGCGGCCGUCCUGGCCUCACCCGAGAUCGGACACGACGUCACGUCUGUCAACCUGCUCGUCAACAAGCAUAAGGCGUUAGAGCGUGAGAUGCAGGCCCGGCGGGAGUACAUAGAUGGCGUGAUCGGGUCGGGCGAGGAACUGAUCGAGCAGCAGCACUUUGGUGCAGGGAAGAUCAGGACUCGCAUCAACGAGGUCAACACCCAAUGGGACGAGCUGGAACAACUGGCAGAGAUCCGCAAGAAGCGCCUGCACAACGCCGUGGACCUGUAUCAAUUCUUUGCGGAUGCUGACGAUGUAGAGAACUGGAUCCUGGACACCCAGCGGCUUGUUGGCAGUGAGGAUGUGGGCAGGGAUGAGGCCAGCGUGCAGUCACUCAUCAAGAAACAACAGGCUGUUGCUGAGGAGCUGAACAACUAUCAGACAAACAUUAGCCAACUGCACGACCAAGCCAAAUCACUCGGAGAAGAGGAGCGGGACUCUCCGGAUGUUGAGAACCGGCUGGCGACGGUGGACCAGCGGUACAAGGAGCUCCUGGAGAUGGCCAAGCUGCGUAAACUCCGCCUGGAGGAUGCUCUGGCACUGCACAAACUCUUCACCGAGGCUGACGGCGUGGAGGCAUGGAUCGAUGAAAAGGAACAGAUGCUGAACACCAUGGAGUUUGGUAAUGACAUCGAGGAGCUGGAGGUGGUGCGGCACAGGUUUGAGGGUCUGGAGCAGGAGAUGAACGCCCAGGCCUCGCGCGUGGCCGUGGUGAACCAGCUGGGCCGGCAGCUACUGCAGAACCAACAUCCCAACUCUAACGAAAUCAUGGCUCGCCAGAACCAGCUCAACUCCAGAUGGGCUGCACUGCGAGAGCUGGUUGAUGCCAAGAAGGAAGACCUGAACUCAGCCAUGGGUAUCCAGAACUUCCACAUUGAGUGUAACGAGACAAUU